AUGACAUUUAGCGAAUAAAGUAGCAAUAUUACCUGAUUUCUAGUAGACUUAAGCUUUAUGCGUAAAAUUUAAUAGGGCAGUGAACUGUGAAAUUCAAUAUGAGUUCAAUUCAAAUAUAGCCGAUAUUCUUCUAUUGAUAAUCAAUUUAUGUAUAACAAUUAAUUAAAUUAGAUCUUUUUCCAAAAUACGAGUAUCUGCCUUUGUUAAAGUUACUGCAACCAAUAGAGAUUAAACCUAAAAAUAGUAUGACAAUAAUUUCAUCAUAAUAAUAAAUAUUACCUGAUAGGGUUAAAGGAGUGAAAAUUAUGAGAAUUAAUACUAAAUAAUCAAAUUGUGAUAUGAUGAUAUUUCUCAUAUAAAAAGAGAUCCAAAACUUAGAAUGGAUUGUAAUAUAAAAGAUUACAGUUGAAAAGUAUGGGUAUAGAGUUUGCUUUAUUGGUAAUAAUAUGUUCAUAUUCUCACCUUAUGCUACAGAAUAGAUAUCUAUUUUUGAGAUGAAUAAUAUCAAUAAGUAAUUUACCAAGACUAGAGAUAUUACAGUUAAGUGUGGGCCAAAUGAGCAACGUUUAUUUCCUUAACAAUAUGUAUAAUCUGAAUGUAUCCUAUUGAGUAAGAAUGAUGAAUAUGUCAAUUUGAUUAGGAAAAAUAAAAUGGAGAGUUUCUAACUGAAUAAUCUAUUUAAUUCGAAACUACAUAUUUAUUUGGAAGAAUGA